UCGGGCGGGGCCCCAGGCGAUGGCCGCGGAGCUGGCGAUGGGCGCCGAGCUGCCCAGUAGCCCGCUGGCCAUCGAGUACGUCAACGACUUCGACCUGAUGAAGUUCGAGGUGAAGAAGGAGCCGCCCGAAGCCGAGCGCUUCUGCCACCGCCUGCCGCCCGGCUCGCUGUCUUCCACGCCGCUCAGCACUCCCUGCUCCUCCGUGCCCUCCUCGCCCAGCUUCUGCGCGCCCAGCCCGGGCUCCGGCGGCGGCGCGGGCGGCAGUGGCGCGGUGCCGGCUGGAGGUCCUCCCGGGCCGCCGAGCGCGGGCCCCGGGGCCGUCGGGGGCGCCGCGGGGAAGCCGGCGCUGGAGGAUCUGUACUGGAUGAGCGGCUACCAGCACCACCUCAACCCCGAGGCGCUCAACCUGACGCCCGAGGACGCCGUGGAGGCGCUGAUCAGCAGCGGCCACCACAGCGCGCACCACGGCGCGCACCACCCGGCGGCCGCGGCGGCCUAUGAGGCCUUCCGGAGCCACGGCUUCGCGGGCAGCGGGGGCGCGGACGACAUGGGCUCCGGUCACCACCACGGCCCGCACCACGCGGCGCACCACCACCACGCCGCCCACCACCACCACCACCACCACCACGGCGGCGCGGCCCCCCACGUGCGGCUGGAGGAGCGCUUCUCCGACGACCAGCUGGUGUCCAUGUCGGUGCGCGAGCUGAACCGGCAGCUUCGCGGCUUCAGCAAGGAGGAGGUGAUCCGGCUGAAGCAGAAGCGGCGCACGCUCAAGAACCGCGGCUACGCACAGUCCUGCCGCUUCAAGCGGGUGCAGCAGCGGCACAUCCUGGAAAGUGAGAAGUGCCAGCUGCAGAGCCAGGUGGAGCAGCUGAAGCUGGAGGUGGGGCGUCUGGCCAAGGAGCGGGACCUGUACAAGGAGAAAUACGAGAAGCUGGCGGGCCGGGGCGGCCCUGGGGGCGCGGGCGCAGCCGGCUUCCCGCGGGAGUCCUCGCCGCCGCAGGCCGGCCCAGGCGGGGCCAAGGGUGCGGCCGACUUCUUCCUGUGAGUGGCCUCGCCGCCGCGGGGGACGGGUUCGGA